GCCUUCACAUUCUGCGUUUAGAGAAAGCGAGAUCAUUCCACCCUAGAUCUUUUGACCUUACUUUAGCUUGAAGCGCAAGAUCAAAUACUUCACAGUCUGCGUUUUGAGUGAGACUGUGAGAGAGAGGGUUCUUCUAACAAAAAAAAAAAAAAGUGAGUGAGAGAGAGAGAGAGAUAUCAUAUGGGGAUUUGGGAUUAUAUUUCCUCUACAAGCAAUUCGGUGAUACAAAACGCACCUGAUCUAACGACUGUGAAGGGGUGGGGUUCGAGCUCUUAUGGCUAUGGCUGGGCUGCUGUUGCCAAGGUUGAUGACGUGGUUAGGACGAAGGUGAUCCAGCCCAUGCAAGACGAGGAAGCCCGUUCCAAUAUCGGUCGGAUUGCUAUCAACUUUGCUAAAAGCGCUACGGUUGUUGCAUGCGAGGAGGGCCUCAAAACCAUCCCAGGUGGAUCAUUAUUUUAUAAGAUUGUUUUGCAAUCUCUCCAUAACGAAAAGAAGUCUGGGGGUAAUGAAGUAGAGACAAAGGCAUUGCAAGCUAAGAUAAGCAAAAUGGAUGAAGAUUUCACAGAAUUCAAGAAAUUAAUUAAACGAGCAGAGAUACAUAAGCCUUUUGUAGAUUUCAAGCCAGAGAAGAGCUCUUCCUUCGAACCAAAUGUGGAUAUAAAACCAGAGGAUGCAAUUAGAGUCUUCAUGAUGAAGGAAUCUAUAGGUAGGCAAUUUUUGGAUGAUUUGAUAGUUCCUACCGUCAGAAUAACUAGGAUGAAGUCUAAGUAGAAGACAAUUUCAUUUCAAGGAGACAAGGUGGGUGGAGUGAUGAAAUAAUUGUUAACUAUUGGGAUGAUAAAUAUUUGUAUGUCUUAGAUUUUGUGUAAUUAUUGUGGAACCCCCCUCCUCACCCUCUUUUGGUGUUUGUUUUGAGUUGUGGCAGAAUUGGGUGUGAUGAGGAAUGAUGUAUGCUGUUAAGUAUUAGAGUGACGAAUUUAUUAUUAAGUAUUUGGAUAAUAAGGAUUUGUAUGUCUCAGAUUUUGCAA